AUAGUUGUUUAUUUGCUGUGAUCAGUAAAUAAAAUCAUUGUUAAUUACCUCUUUUUUCCAUCAUAUGCUUUGCGUACCGAAGUGAUUGAUCUACACAAUUUGAUUUAUUUCGGGCUUUUUCAAUGCCUCCGACAACGGUGUCGACGUCGACGAGAUCGUCCAAGUCCGGUCAAUCGUCAAAAUCUACUCAUCAUUCGGUGUCGCGCUACCAGAUUCCGACGUUGGAGGUCAAGCAGGUUUAUCAGAGAGUCAAGGAUGAGGAUGAUAAGAAGAAUACAACUAUAAUUGCCGUCUUUCGGGACAAGGCAGGUGUCGAGCGCAUGGAAGAGAAGUGUCAGCCGAAAUGGUGGAAGCUGGAAUCUUCUGCCAAAAUCAUUCCCAUCACCAGCGACAAGCUAGCCAGCACCAUCGGUGAUGUCUGUCGUAUUAAGCAACGAAAACGAAUCUCCCUCCUAGUCAGCCCAUAUGUACCGGAGAUCUCAUUCCACGUGCCAUCCUCCAUCCGGAGACUCAUCAUCACCCGAUGUGGGAAGAAAGCUCAAUGUGAUGCCGACAAGGAGGAUCACUUGAUCAUCUCUCGUUCGUCUACAUUCUGUGGUGUGAUGCUCAACAGAUGGCAAGACCGCGACGAACAAUAUGACCGGCACGAGAUCAUGUUCAGAGGUGGAGUGUACCUCCGGCUCGAUAUUCUCGACACCAGUAACGGUGGGAAGAACGGCCAAGGAUGGUCGCUAUCGAACAAAGACCGAACGUCCAUCUUGAGACAGAUGGAGGAGCUUCUGGGCCCUCUUCAGCAGGAUGAUAUUUCAUGGUGGGAUAAGUGGAAAAAUAUCAUCACCACGAUCAUCAGCCUCAUGGCUGGGAUAUCAAAGCUCACUUCAAACUUGAAGGUGGGCGCAGCAGGCAUCUACGUGACGCAUUUUACAGGAAUCAAGGUCUUCGCAGGCGCUUUUGGAGCCUCAAGCGUCGUGUCCACAGCAGCCCCGGUCGCUGCCAUUGCCUUUGGCACGGCCCUGGCGGUCUACUUUAUCCCGUGGGACGAUCUCCUUACGUGGAUCAAACGCACCCUUUUCAACCUGUGGGAUGUGAUCUGGCAGGCGUGGAACUGGGUGAAGGAGAAGCUCCAGACGAUCGCAAGCAAGCAUAUCCACGACGACCCGCCUCCUCCCUAUACUCAUAGACCAAAGCGGGUCCGAAUGUAGGCCUGCUGUAUGCUAGGGACAGCGGGACUUCCCUAUGGUAUGGAGAGAUGAACCGGACGGUCGCCAAUAUGAUAAACUUGGA